GCUUUUCACCAUCAUUAACACUUUUAAUAUUAUUUUCACGAUUAUGCAUUUGUGAUGUAAAUAAAUUAAAACAAUGAAAAUGAGAUAACACCAAUUGUGUGAAAAGGAGAUAAAUUUGACUGAGGGAUGUCCUUCAUCAGGCAUUGGGUAUAGGGAUGUAUGGAAACAGCUUUGACCGGUGGCAAUCAUUAUUUGCAGUACCAACCCAAAAUAAAUGCCUGAAGUUUAUUCAUAACAUUUAGGAACUUUGCAUUACAUUGUGCUAUACAUAUCCAAAGUACUGUACAACCAUUAAAUCCUGAUUCCUGCCUGCGCUGUGUAAGGUAAGCGGCUAACUACUUUGAUGAUGUUUAGAUGGAUGAGCAAGUGAUCCCAAGUACAAACAUUUUCCCAGUGAAUCUCAGGCCGGAGCCACAUUUGGAAAAGGGAUCCGGCUUUGCAGGGGAUUAGGAAAGGGACACGGGGGCUCUGUAGUCUCCCUUGUAAUUGGGGAAGGGAGGGUACGUCAGUAUAAAUCCACCCCCUUUCGCUCCGUCUGAGUGAGAGUCUCUGCGCUCAGCUCUGCCUCCCAGCCACCCUCCCACGCCUCCUGCGAGGUGCAGCAGCUCUACAUAAACACAGCCCCGCUGCUAGCGCAGGGGACUCGCCUCUCAGCCUGGCCCAGGAGCCUCGCCCAGCGGGCAGCACGGGGGAAAUAAGCGAGGUGAGGUGAGGCGGCGGCUCCUUCAGCACUUGGCGUGAGGCGCGGCGGCAGCUCAGCCCGCGCCCGCAGAGAGGGAAGGGGCCAGAGGAGACGCUGCCCGCGCCCGCAGUGAGCGGCUCUGCCAGCGCGGAGCAGAGGACGGCGAAAGGGGCCGAGAGGCGGCGGCUCUUCCCACGGCCGGCGGGAGGAGAGGCGGCUGCACCCCGCCACCCGCCGGAGUAAGGGCAGGAGGCGGCAGCGGGCUCGCUCCGGGAUGGCCCUGGCGGACAGCGCCCGGGGGUUGCCGAACGGGGGCGGCGUGUCCCCAGCGGCGGGGCCGGGCUCGGGGGCCGCGGGCUCGUCCGCCUUCCCGGAGAUCGUGGAGCUGAAUGUGGGCGGGCAGGUGUAUGUGACGCGGCGCGGCACGGUGGUGUCGGUGCGGGACUCGCUGCUCUGGCGCAUGUUCUCGCAGCAGCAGCCCGGCGAGCUGCCCCGGGACAGCAAAGGCCGCUUCUUCCUCGACCGCGACGGCUUCCUCUUCCGCUACAUCCUGGACUACCUGCGGGACCUGCAGCUGGUGCUGCCCGAGCACUUCCCCGAGCGCAGCCGCCUGCAGCGGGAGGCCGAGUACUUCCAGCUGCCCGAGCUGGCGCCGCCUGGCGCAGGGCCGGGGGGCGGCCGGCGGGGGGACGCGCCCGCCGCCCUGAACCGCGACGGCUCCCUCUGCGCCGACGAGCCGCCGUCCCUGCUCGGCUACCUGGAGGCGGAGCCGCCCGAGGCUGGGGGCGCCGCCUCGGCCCCGUCGCCCACCUCCAGCCGCAGCCCCUCCGGCGGCCCGCUGCUCACCCCGUCGCAGUCCCUGGACGGCGGGGCGGGGCGGCGCUCGGGCUACAUCACCAUCGGCUACCGCGGCUCCUACACCAUCGGGCGGGAGGCGCAGGCCGACGCCAAGUUCCGGCGGGUGGCGCGCAUCACCGUGUGCGGCAAGACCGCGCUGGCCAAGGAGGUGUUCGGCGAGACGCUGAACGAGAGCCGCGACCCCGACCGCCCCCCCGAGCGCUACACCGCCCGCUACUACCUCAAGUUCAACUUCCUGGAGCAGGCCUUCGACCGCCUCUCCGAGGCCGGCUUCCGCAUGGCCGCCUGCUCCUCCACCGGCACCUGCGCCUUCGCCCCCGAGCAGGGCGGCCCCGCCGACGACAAGAUCUGGACCAGCUACACCGAGUACGUGUUCUGCAGGGACUGAGCCGGCAGACACGCCGGGGCAGGCCGCCCUGUGCGCCCCCAGCCCCUCACACACAGCGCCCUCCAUCAGCCUCUGCCCUACACUCCCCCCAUGCUCCCAGCUGUGUGCCAGCCCCUCCACCACCACCACCACCACCACCACAGGAGAUGUUCCAAACUCUGCCUGUCUCCUCUCCACCCCUCAGACCCAGGGGGUGAGGGGAGCUCCCUCUCCCUUACGCCCAGAGACUCUCUUCCCACGAACUGGGCACCAUACCCCACUAAGAAGGGGGAGGGGAGGAAUACCUUCCCCAUGUUUUAACUUCUCCUCCUUGUCCCUGCUCAGCAACCUUGCAGAUUUACAACUGCCCACCCAACUAUGAAAUGGUGAGUGGGACAGCUAUCUGUGAUGAUGGGUUAUCCCUCUUGCUCAUGAUUUUCCUGCAGGAGUUGUGUGAGAUUGGGGGCUGGGAAUGACUGAUCCUCCAGGACCAAUUACUUCCUUAUCCCUUCCUACUCCAUCUCUAUCCUUCCCCAAAGCCCUGAACUUAGAAACUCUUGAACUGGAUCAAGUGUGUGUGGCUGGUGAAGGAGGCUGAUGGCCAAGGACAAGUAUCAAACCAAGUACUCUGGAUUACCAACCACUUGAACUGUUAAACCAACUUGGAAGAACAAUGUCUAUCCUCACUAGAUAUAAAGCAACAAUUUCUUGAAAACUUACAGUGCUUGUGAAUCAUAACUUUCAUAGGUGGUGUAAAAUCCUUAGUGUCACAAAGUUACCAUAUACAGGAACUACCUAAAAAUCCAUUGCACGUUCCUUAAACUCCUUUAAAGUGGAUUGGUGUGACAUAAACCAGGCUGGUCAGAGAGGAGGUAGAGUGCCUGUUUCCUAUGAAAGUGAGGUUUUUAGAUGUUGAAGUGAUACAAGUUUACAAAUCCAAGUAAAAACAAGUGAAUCCUGCUUGCUACUUUCAGUGUCGUCAUGUUAGUACUAUGUAAUUGUUGAAGCUGACUGAAAUGCUUCCUCAAAUGGCUUUCUUAACAAAAUAAAUAUUGAUUUUUUUAGUUUUUUGUAGCAGUAUUAUCAGAGAAAUCACACUGCUAAGUAACAUUUCCUAGGCAUAAUGAGUACUUUCUCAAAAAAGGUACAGAACUAAAUGCAGCCCCAACAAAAACAGGAGCAACAGUCAUUCCUUCAAUGGGAGUUACUCCUUACAGUAGUGCUGAACUUAGCCUAUAUAAGCUAACAAGUUUAGAACUGCUUCUCUUCCAGAGGAAGCAGCCAUAGCUUUCUGUGGAAGAACAACAUGCUAUAUAAGCACAAGCUUUUGUAAUAAAUGAAGGUUUAGCCUCUCUUUUUAAUAAGCAGCUAAGGAUCUGAGUACAAAAGCACUUUACACUUCUUGAAUUUUAAAACAUGAGUUCUCUAUUCAAGCUUCAACAAAAAAAAUUACACCUUUUUAACCAUCCUAAGCAUUCAAGGACUUUAAUGGUGCAUAUUAAAGUUUGAGGUUGCAAAGAUAAAACUGCGGUUUACUUGAUUGUCCUGACUCUUGUAUUUAGAGAGAUUACUAGCAUUUACAAUCUAACCAAAGAGUUUCACAUUGGGAUUUCAUUUUUAAACCUUCUUUCCUUUUUACAAAGCUAUAGCUUCAGAUAAUAUGAAACCUUUUUAUUUAAGCAAUGUUCAUCAAUUUGAGUUCCAGUGCUCUCUUUUCACCACCUAGUCUUUAACUAAAAGCAUGCAUGAAAGUAAUACUGAAAAUAAUUUGCUGUCUUAGUUUUUUAUACAUUAAAGUAGAGUUUAUCCAUGUGAUUAAGCUGAAAAUGUACACGAGAGAACACGUAUUGUCCAGUUGUAGAUAAUUGUAAUAUAUUUUUAAAAGUGAAAUAUACAUUUCAGAUUAGAUGAGCAAUAAUAAGAUAGUAGUGGGAGGCCAGUGCACCAGAAAAUAGAAUGAAAGCUGGUUGUCCUAUGCCUUAUUCUAAGAUGAUUUAUUUGUGCAUAUUUUAUCUAUACCACAAGUGAAAGGAUAUUGAUCACAGCUACUAAGUAUUUACAAUGUCAUUCUUAAGUCAAGGACUGUCUUUUUCUAGUUUCUGUUAAGUAACUUUCUCUGAAGUAUGUUUUUUAAAACUUUGUAUAAAAUGGGUUUUCAGUAAGUGUUUAAAUUGGCUCCAGCUAGUGGUUUUUUUUUUUUAAAGAACCUUGUACUAUGACUUAAUAAAUCCAUCAUAGGAGUUAUGAAUGGAGGACCGUUAAAUUGAAUUUGAGAUUUAGUGUAUAUACACUAUAUAAACAUUUUACACGAAUCAUUUAGUUUUAUAUUCAUUUUAGUGCUACAAAAUUUCAUAAAGUAUAUCUAGCCUGAACACUUGCAUAUUCUGUAUACAAUAUGGUAAUGUUUUGAUCCAUUUCUUAUACCUGUUUCUAUGGAAAAAACUAAGUAUGAAUAUCAACAUAAUUGUAGAACUGAGUUUGUCUACACUUAUUUGCUUGAAUGUGAAUUAUAACUAAACUUCCUGUUGGCUAGAUGCCCCCUUAAAAAUGAAGAUACCUGUAUUUUGAUCAGUGUCUGUUUAAUUGCUAGCAGAUGACCCAAAAGCGCAUAUGAUUAUUUAAAAAAAGAAUGGGUGUAAUAAAAUCAACACAAACUAAUCAUUUUUUCUAAUCUUUGUGUUUGUGAUAUUAAAGACUAGCCAGUGACUAGUAGUGAGAUAUGGAGCUUUUCACUUAAAGCUCACUGGUUCUAAUCUGGACACAGGUUAGUAGUGACCUAAAGUAAUUAGCUGUUUGAUAGACUACCAAUAACUAUGGUAGCUAUGUAAAAAAUGAGUUGGUAAUUGCAGUCAAAUUCCUAGUGGGCAAUCUUCCACUGGACAAGUUACUGACUCUUGCUGUCUCUCUGAGAGCGUAAGGAGUGAGUGGAUGUGGUUGCCUUGAGAGGUAGUCUCUCCAGGUUAAUGUGGAGGCAUGCUAAUGGGGCACUGUAUACAUUUCUGGAAUUACUGUUGCUCACCCUUUGCCUGUUCUGUGAAUAAAUACAAGUCUGAUACUAAUUAAUGAGAACUAACUUUUUUUUUUUUAAAGGCAGUCUUUUAAUUAGAAAUGAAGGCACAGGUACCAUACUUAUCAGUCCUAUGUGUCAUAGAUGGUAUCUUUACAACAAAUGUUUGAUAGGAUGUUUAUAUUUUUAUACAUGUAGAUAAUUAGCCAUUGUAUAGUGUUGGAAACAGACAUCCUUCUAGGAAGAUGUUACAGACCAAAUUAAAUUCUUGUUCUUUUGAUACUAA